UUUAUUACACGUGACCUCGGCGCAUGCGUAGAGAUUUGACCUCCCUUGCAGUCACAGAAGAACAUGAUGGCUGGAUUCGGGCAGGUGCGUCACUUUAGCACGUCGGUCGUCCGACCAGUGUCAAAACUUAUUAAGCCCCCAAUCACAGUCUAUGGGGUGGAGGGCCGCUAUGCCACUGCCCUGUUCUCUGCGGCCAGUAAGCAGAAAGCGCUGGACCAGGUGGAGCAGGACUUGGGCCGUGUUGCUGGAUUCAUCAAGGACCCCAAGAUGUCCAGCAUUGUCAUGAACCCCCACGUCAAGCGCAGCGUGAAGAACGCCACCUUGAGCGACGCCCUCUCCAAGGCCAAGGCAUCCCCGCUCACAAUCAACCUCAUCAAUGUGCUGUCUGAAAAUGGCCGCCUGCCCCUGGCUGGUGAUGUCAUCACCGCGUUCACCAAGAUGAUGAGCGCCCACCGCGGGGAGGUCACCUGCUCCGUCACCACUGCACAGCCUCUGGAUGAAGCCAGCCUGGCUGAGCUGAAAGUUGCCCUGAACGGCUUCUUGGCCAAGGGAGAGACCAUCAAGCUGGAGACGCAUACCGACUCGGCCAUCCUGGGCGGCAUGAUCGUCAGCAUCGGUGACAAGUACGUGGACAUGUCCACCAAGACCAAGGUGCAGAAGCUCACCAAGCUGAUCAGGGAUUCCUAAGUCCUGUGGACUCCACCGCACCGUCCCUUCCAUGACCAGACCUGACGAGUCAACCCCAGAGUAGAGAGACCUUGUCUGUCUCCGUUUCGACGUUAAAUAAAAUGCCCCCUGUUGUGUUCAUAAUAAAUAUUCUGUAACAUA